UACCGAGUCUGAUGUGUAUAUUAUAGCGCCCACUAGUGAAAUGACGAAGCUUGCUGCGUCUAAGCUCUGGCAACAUCAUACGCAAUACACAGAUAGCUUAACCGUCCGCAUAGUACAUAUUUCUAUAUCCGCACAUGAUCUCAUAAUAAGCCGCCUAGAUUCAAACAAUCGAAAUACAUUCAUCGUCACCAGGAAGCAUUGCCAGGAACCAUCGCCCAUUAAUUGUGGCUUUGUGUUUCGAUCGGCUCGCGCGUCGCAUAUUAAUGGGCUGCGUGAUUCCCGACUCGACUCCCCUUCAUUUAUUCCCACUAUGGAGCCUCUCACCAGAGCCGCGGGCCCAUCGCCCAUCCCUGCAAUAAUCUACUUCAAAUUCCCGGAAUUGCGGAGGUGGCGACCGUGCGUGGGUGAUUAUGGGGGAAGAACGACCGGUAUUUAUCCCAUGUGGGAUUCAAAUAGAAGGGGAGAGAGGAGUGAAGUGGUGUACAUAGAGGACCACUGCAGCAAGCGUUGAUUUUCUCGAUAGCAAUUGGGGAUCCAAGGUCGACUAUGGCGCCUAUCAAGACUCUCGUGCUCGCUGGCUUGACGACUCUCGUUUCCGA